AUGUCGCAGCCGGAGUUCUUACUGCUUUCUCGACUGGGGGUUUCGGUCCCCGAUGCGUCCUCGCAGGCGCCGCAGAUGACAAGAAGUUCUGAGGGAAGGUUCCGCGUGCUGGCUCCGUGCAUGCGUCCGCCUGUGAAAGGAGCAAUGGCUGCGCAGAUGACUUCGCCGCGUCAUAUUCCGACCGCUCCUCUCGCUGACUACGCUGGUGAAGUGAUCACGGUGAAGGGAAAGGACGGUCGUCCGGACACCGAGUACCUCAUUUACAACGCGAAGUCGCCCUCUAUUUGGGCAGCCAACCUGAAACUGAUGGAAGAGCAACGACGCAAGCGUGAGGAGGACGCCGUGUCUCGGAUGUCGCCUGACAAACUCUUCAUCGAUUCACAUGAAAGCGACAAUCUGGCUCGACGACGUGUUUUAGAGCAUCUGCAACGCAUUAACAGGGAAGAGGCGCAACGCAAGGUAGAGGAAAGAGCACGCGAGCGACAGCGGCGUUUGGAGCGUGAGCUGGCGGACUUAAGGGCAGUUGAAGAGGCUGCCGCCAAAGAAGCGGCAGAUCUUCUAGUAAAGAAGCAAGCGGAACGUCAUUUCAUGCAGCAGGCCGUGUUAGAAGCGACGGAGCACAAACGACUGGAGUCUGCGGAUGUGAACGGUGGGUUGGCGGCUGGCUGUGCCGCCUUUCCGUGGGAUGAGGUUUCCCAGAAUGGGACAUCGCAGCGGGAGAAGUGUUUGCUCCUCUUGGAUGCUAACCGAAAGCUGGCCGAGCUGAAAAAAAAGGAGCAGCAAACACGAAAGAUAGAGGAGAAGGUCAGGGAAGAGACGGUGCUGGCGGAGGUGCGUGCACAGGCAGAGAACGAAAAAAGAAAAGCAGUGGAGAAGAAACGACGUCUGGCUGAGGAACGACGAAGCGCCAGCGUAGAGGCUCAAGUAAAAACUGUCCCUGCUGUAGUAGAGCUGAAUGACCGCUCCGCUAGUUGGUUUUUGCAGAGCACGAGGGAGGAUGCGGGGGCACGGCGCGAGAGAGAGCGGGAGUUGAUGGAGACAAACAAACAACUGGCGAAAGAAACAAAACGGCGACGUGCCGAGGACGCAGAGAGGCAACUGCAAGAGGAACGGAAAAGGCUGCAGGAGUCUGAGAGGGCGUACAAGCAGGAGAUGGAACGUGAACGUGCAGAAAAGCGCAAGCAGCAGGAUGCAGUUAAUCAAGCCGCACUAAAAGCGGCUGCAGAGCGCCAUGCAAAGAGACAAGAAUCACACAGAGAUGAAUUGGAUCUUGGCAUAUUCAAAGACGAUUCCUCCAAGGUGGAAAAUGAGAGACGACGGCGAGAACAGUUCUACCGCGAUGAACUGAAGAGGGAUAUUGAAGAUGCGCGGAAAGCACGUCGUGGGGCGAAGGAACGGGAAAUCAUGGAAGAGAAACGCUUCCUUAGUUUGUGUGAAACUGAAGCGAGGCGCACGCUGGAAAUAAACCGAGUGAGGGCUGCAGAAAGGCGUGAAACCUACCGGAAGGCGCUGGAGGAACAAAUUCGCUCAAAGAAGACGGAAACAACUUGCGAGGUUCCUGCGACGCAUCGGGGUCCGGUGAUGAAGGUGUUGUACCGGUGCCCUGUGACUGGGGAAUUGUUGCGGCCGGAUCAAUUUGGCAUUUCGUCUGCUCGACAGCGUCGAUCGGGCUGGAGCUGGUAA